AUGUCCACCCGUCCUGUUCAUCCCUCAUGUUCACCCGUCGUGCCCAUCCGUCGUGCCAUCGGUGACAUGACAUCAACGACCGCCCGCCCGCACGAGGCUGCGAAAUCCAUCCUCGACGGUGGCGAGAGCGGUGCGAGGCCGUCGGCCGAGACGAGAGUCGGCGGGGCCCAAGGCUCGUCGGGCCCCUGGGAGCACGGGUCUCCGUCGGCUCACUGUGGCGGGAGGCGGCGGCGCCUCGUCGCCGUCAUUGGCGGCACCCUCACCGCUCGACCCGCCCGGCAACGACACCGUGGCUCCAGCCUUCGUCCCUCCGACCCCUCCCUCGGCCGCUCCAGCGCCCAAGUGGCCAAGGCGACCGGCGCUUCAGUUCAUCCGGCGCUGGCGGUCCCAGUCCCGGCGAGCGAGCCCCACCCGCCGUCCCGCCCCUCCGUCACCCUUGAGAAGCGAAGCUCGACUCGUCUACCGGCGCGCCGCGCUGGCUUCUGGCCGCUAGAAGGCGCCACGGCUUCCUGGCUUCCACUGGCCGUGCCAGAGCGCACGUCUGCGCCGCAAACGGGAGAGGCCAGCCGGACGAGGCCAGCGAAGCUCGACGCCCCCCACGAACCCAGUCCAGCGGGACGGACUGUUGGCACGCUUGCGUGGGGAAAGCCUCCCGCCGUGAGCCUUGCCGGUACUUUUCGCCGUUUCGGACGGUCCCCGGACGGCCGAGGGGAGGAGCAGGAUGCCCUGGCCCGGCGGCCUCGCCAGCGACGACGCAGAGCCGGCACGGCGACGCUGCGCACCCGGUGCGGGUAG